CAUUUAAAUUUUAACUCCCGAUCAAAAUUACAGUUUGAUAAAACUAAAAAAAAAAAAAUUAAUUGCACUGAUUACAAUUAUCGAGUUAUCAUUAAUUAGCGAUAGACAAAUUUCAGUAAUUAAUAAAAAAUUUAAUGAUAUAAAUAAUGGCAACAGUCGAGCUUCUGAACACACCGCAGCCGCACUUAAUCCCGGGGUAUACGGGCUGUUGCCCGCAAUAUCGGUACAGGUGCGGAGAAACUUAUGGCAACUUGACACACAAACUUCUGUUGGAUCCAACGAUCAACCACGCGGAUAGAUUGGUACUGUCGAAUAGAGUCAAGGAUGACUAUGAGGUGAUAAGACCGCCAAAAGAUGAUAUAGACAUGAUAAAUUCACGCGCGAGGCGCAGAGACGUAAUUUACGCGCACCCGAUGAUACCGGGGUACCAAGGAUUUAUGCCGAAUUUGAAUGCGCGGUUGGGUCAUCGGUACAGCGUCAAUGCUUCCGAGGGUCUGGCUGACUUUGAGAGACAGCAGUUGAAAAACAAAGCCGCUUUGAAUCAUUUGAAAAAAGUCAGGGCGCUGCAUGAUGGCUACGGAGAGCCGCGAAGUCUUGAAGAUCGACAACUAAUGAGAAGUGAAUACAAAAUGCCAUUGGUUACUGUCCGACCUGAUUACGCAAUGAUGAUGAGAAAUUUGCCGAUUGACGAAGCUUACGAAGUACCGCGCGAUCAUUCGCCUUCGCCAUUUUUUAUGGACAAUUCAGAUCCUCGGAAAUAUUUUGUCAGAGGAUACACGGGGCACAUUCCUUAUGGAUAUUCGCACUUCGGAUCGAGUCACGUCCCGAUGACCAACAGCGCGCUGUGCGACUUUACCACAAAUUAUCGAAUGCGUCAGAGCACUGAAUGGGCACCCGCGAGUGUUUCCCGUCCAGACCCGCCUUAUCACAUUCAGCCGACGGAAAUUUAUCACAAACACGUCGGACUUAUUCCAAAUUAUCUGGGACACGUUCCCGGAGCAGCCUACAGAUACGGAAAGACAUUCGGAGCGGACACAAGAGACGCCAAGCGAUGGCUGCGAGGAGACUUUUCAAUUUAA